GGGACGCCGAUGGUCAGUUAUUCAACGAUUGGACUCUGGAAACGCCAUCGACGUCGCUUUGUUUUCUAUCUUACGAAAAAUUGAAAAAUAUCUCAUUGACAUUCGAUCGUGAAAAAUGAAGAAUUUCGUUCAUCUUGUGACUGUCAACUUUUUAUUUCUUGCUACCAUAGCCCAUGCUUCCAACAAUUCCUCUGUAGCAAAUCUUAUAAAAGACAAAUGCGGAUGUGACUAUCAUGCGUGUGGCUGUUGUGAAUACAUCAAAUGGGCCGAAACUGGACUCGAUGGGAAUGUAUGCACCAACUUUUCUUACCUGCAUCAAAACAUUGGUAUUGCCGUCACAAUCACCUGGAACAAUUUUACCGCUCUCAACACAACAAUUUCUGCAGCGGAUAUCCCUCUCAAUUGUUUUGGAAUACCAGGAAUAGAAAUAAGUAGAUUCCAUAUUUGUUGGAAACUGCAUGACUUUUCAUUCAACCUGGACAAUCUUUACGGAUGCAUCAAGUUGUCUGUAUCUGCUCUUGGCAAAGUACAGAAGUUGAUAGAUUUCGGAUGUUAUAAUAUAUCCAAGGAGUCUAUCGGAGAAACUUAUGCGAAGGGAAAACGUCGUGUGCUUGAAAUUAUGGACGAAUACACAAAACUUUUGAACUUUUGGAAAAAAACUGAUUCUGCAACAAAUGACUUAGAAGCUGUGAUGAUUGCUUUGAUCGAUGGCGUGCCCGACGAGGAGUCUAAAGCGAGUUCAUUUUAUUUUUCUCUUGAACCAACUGCUUAUUGUUUCUUUUGCUUGUUCGUAUGUUCCAUCCAUGUGUUUCUGAUUUUCGGCAAUUCUAUUGGUAACUGGUAAUCAUUUUUCAAAGCAGGCUAAUGAACAAGUUUAAUCAUAAAAAAUUAAUACUUAUAUAAGUCAGAAUCGAAUCAUUUCAGUGUAUCCCUGUGUUAAUGUUCUCUUGAAAUAAAAAAGGAUAAGACAAGUUGUGAGAAUUUGUACUGAGUUAU